AUGGGACGCGUACCUAUUAAAGAAUAUUUACUACGUAACUCAGAUAAGAUACUUGUUUUGGAUGGAGGCCAAGGUACUGAGCUAGAAAAGAGAGGAAUCAAUAUAUCCAGCCCUGUGUGGUCCACUUUGCCAUUUAUCAAUGAGUCAUUCUGGUCAAACAGUAGUUCAAAUGAUAGGAAAAUUAUAAAAGACAUGUACUCAGAUUUCAUUAGCGCUGGUGCUGACGUACUAUCUACUACGACAUAUCAGACAAGCUUCGCAUCAAUCUCAGAAAAUACCAAUAUUCAGACAUUAAAAGAUUACCAUGAGCUGUUGAAUAGGAUCACUAAAUUCACUCGUGAAUGUAUAGGAGAUUCAAAAUAUCUUGUUGGUUCUAUCGGAACUUAUGCAGCAUACUUAUCUGCCGAGUAUACUGGCGAUUUUGGUGAUGCCGCAGACACCAUUGAUUACCAUGGUUAUUUCAAACCACAACUAGACAAUUUUAAUAGAAGUACAGAGAUAGACAUAAUAGGCUUCGAAACAAUACCUAAUAUACAUGAAUUAAGGGCGAUUUUAUCAUUGAACAAAAAAGACCUUUCUAAACCAUUUUAUAUCAGUUUAUCGACUAAUAGUAAAGCUCAACUAAGGGAUGGUACUUCACUAAAGGGCGUGGUUGACGUCAUCAAAUCAUUUGAAAGUACUCUAAAUCCGAACCUAAUUCUUUUGGGUAUUAACUGUAUUGGAUUGAACAGCUCUCACUUAACAAUGGAAUAUUUGAAUAAUCAUCUACCUCAAUUUCCUUUGAUCGUGUACCCAAAUAGUGGGGAGAAGUAUGAUCCUGUCAGAAAGAUUUGGCUAGCUGACGAAGAUCCUGCCUUUACUUGGGAAUACAUCGUGCAUAGAUAUCUUGAUGCAGGUGCUCGAAUUGUUGGAGGAUGUUGCCGAACAACUCCAAGCGAUAUACGUAGCAUCUCAGAGGCCAUUAAAUGCUACACAAAAUAG